UUUUUUUUUAAAAGAAAUACAUAGUUUACAUUAUAUUUUGGUAUUGAUCAAUACGAUUUAGGUUUUUUUCUUCAAAUAUAUAUAUCAUAGGAAACCACCCUUAAAACCGUAAAAUCAUUACGAAAUUAGGAAGAUUACCUAAGAAAAUGGAUGAAAAAUCAAAAAAAUUAUACCAAAUGUGGAAUCUUUUAAUAACUUACUGACAAUAUAAAACUGUAGUAUCCUGAAAGCUACCAUGACUUUAUAUCAGCAAUUUGAAUUUAUUCGAAUUAUUUAUUUUUGAGAAUUUAGUUUCUUCGGGUUUAAAUUAUCAGUAUUGUUGUCUUGUUGAUUUUUACUAUAUCUAAAAGUGCUCAAAUUUGGAAAAAUGAAACCAAGUACGUGGCUUCUUGGGUUCUUCCACUUAAGUUUUAGUAAAUUCUUAUUUGGCCGAGGUAUUAUUUCAUUUUGUCUCAAUCCAUUUGUACAUUCAAUUUUCAUUCCACUUAAAAAGUAAUUAAAUUUUUUUUAAUACGUUACGCUUUUUUAAUUUUAGUACACGUAUGUUUAUUAAAUUUUAGAAUAAUUGAAAAAUAAAUCUAUUCGAUCCCGCUAGCAAUGGCAUUACAAGAAGCCAAUCACCAAAGAAAAAAAAAAGAAAAACCGGUACCACAUUUAAAAUAUUUGACGUCAAAAAUGUCAAAUGUCUAAUGUUGAUUUGGAUUCGAGAAAUAUCAAAACAAUAGCAGUAAAGUAAACACUAAACAUGAAAACACAAAAAGAAAAUGUGUUUUUAGACAAAUUUCGCCUAUUAAAUUCACAAGAAUGCAGUGAAGAGAUUACUUGGUCGUCCAGCUCGCUGAGUGAUUACGAAAACCUAGAUUACAACAAGAGUGUUUGCAAAAACACCAACAGUGUUCGAAGAAAGAGAAAACUUAAGAAAAAAUCUCUUAAUAACCUUUCCAAUUUAGAUAUUACGAUAAUUGACUGUACAGAAGACCAAAAAAGAGCGAAAAAUAUUGAGAAAUCACCUAUUUUGUGUAAAAAGACUAGAAUCAGUAAAAGUCCCAUUUUGACACAGAAAAACGAUGAUAAUUCGCCAAUUUUAACUACCAGGAGUAUUUUGAACAGCCCCAUUCUCCUACCGAAGCUAUCACCAAAGUCUACAAUGAAAGUUAAAAAGAAAUUAUUCAGCAUUGAUCCAAAACAAAUAAAUAAAAUAAAUGAGAAGACAAAAAUAACCCUAAAUAAUAAUUGCAAUAAUAUCAAUCCAAAUCAAAAUCGAAUCAAUACAGACAAGAUUAAAUUAGAAAUAGGAUGUUCCAAUGACAUUGUAAAAGAGGAAAAUUGUGAAAACAGUUCAAAUGAUGGCACAUCGAAAGCUAAAUUAGAUUUAACAAAAAAGGUUAGUACAUUCUUUGACAGAAAUUUUUGUUCACAAUCUACCUCCGAACAUUCUAUUCAUGACACCACAGACACCAGCUCCAUGAGUGAAGUUGAAAUUCUGUCAUGCAAAUCGCAAAAUGAAGUACCCUCAAAGGAAAUAAAAAAAGAAAUAUCGGCCACAACGUCUCCAGACUCUACCUUUGAUAAUGACAGAAGGAAAAAAGUUAGAUACAAAAAAGGAGGCCUAGCUUACCGUCUUACUGAUUUGUUGAAAAAACAGAAUGCUAAAAUUUCACUGUGGCAACACGAGAAGUAUCUGGCUGAAAAUUCAAAUUUUGUCAUUCCGAAAGAAGAAUACACUGCUUUCAGAGUUAAAGAUGUAACGUUCAAAUAUGGCGUGUACAUUUUAGAAUGCUUAAAUUUUGAGGACGAAAAAUUUAUUAUUUUAAUAAAUAAAUGUUACGUUAUUAAUAAUGUAUUAUGUGAAUCAGUAUUGAAACUGUACAAACCAUACUCAAUAUUAGACUAUGAAGAAGAUUGUAAAUUAAUUGUGAAUGUAUGUAGGUUUGAACAUUUUUGCAUCAAAAAUGAAUUUCAGGGUUCUUGUAGGGAAAUUAAAUUGUGUUAAUACACCUAAAUUCUGUAAUUUGAUGAUUUGAAAAAAAUACUGUUAGUAAAAUAAACAAAUAUAUUUUUUUCAUUUUCUAAGCUACAGUAGUUUGUAAGUGUACUGUUUUUUUUUUAAUUGUGACGAGAAAUAAAUGUAAUUGAGAGGAUCA